AUGCCGUUAGAGGACUCUAUUUGGUCCCGUGUGCCCGAACAGAAAGCAGCAAAGAAUAAUUCAACGGCAAAGAAGUCCCCAGGACUUGAAUCUAGUAUAUGGGCUCAAGAAUCCACAUCUAAGAAGACAAGGGCUCCCCGGGAUAACGGUACAGAAAGAAGUAAGAAGCCAUCAAACCAAGAACGGCCCAAAAGGCAGGACAAGCAUCCUAAACGAGAGAGCGUUCACCCCAGAAGGAGGUCGUCUGCAAAUGAUAAUGGAACCAAGAUAAACCCUCUUGCAGCACGGUUAGGAUUGGUGCAAAUUGAUGACUCCAGUGAUGGCAGUGACUCUGAAGAGGUCUCAAGGCCUUCUACAAGUGAUAGGAACAAGAUUUUCGAUAAAAGACCCUCUAGAAGUAGGAGGACAAGUUCCACUAAAGGUAGCUCAGCCAAGACUGAUCAUGCCAAAGCAAAUAAGAUGGACGUUCUUAAACGCAAAAUCGAGGAGCAGAAGCAGAUCCAAGAAAAGAACCAUCAUAAAGCGCAGCAAACAAGCCUGUUGAACGAUUUCUUAAAUAAUGAUACUGCUUUCGAUUGGGAUGAUGAGAUUAAGUAG